AUGACGCCCUCGCGUCGCCGUUCUCCUGACCGUUCUGCUGCGGGGGCGCAGGAGCAGGAGCGGGAGCGGGAGCCGCAACGGGAGCAGCCGGAGCAGGCGCGGUCGCAAGGCCAGUCUCAGGCGCCGGUGCCGUGGCAGGAACGGACGCUCGACGAAGUCUCGGCGGAGGGAGUCGGGGUCGAGAUGGAGGUCGAAGUCGAGUUCAAGGUCGGCGUCGUAGAGAGGGGCGCGGGAGCAGGUGCGGAAGCGGAAGCAGGAGCAGAGACAGGAGGAGGAGGAGGAGGAGGAUGA